CGCUGUGGGACCGCGGAGCUUUCUGGGUAAAGAUGGAUACGCACGAUCUCUUUCGCCGGCUCGGCGCUGGAGCUAAAUUCGAUGUGAGACGUUUUUCCGCGGACGCAGCCCGAUUCCAGGUAGGAAAAAGGAAAUAUGACUUUGAUUCUUCAGAGGUGCUACAGAGACUGGAUUUUUUUGGAAACAAGAAGUCUGUCCCAGGGGAGUGUGGAGAAUCAAGAACUCAUCAGGAGCUCCAAGAUGAAGAGGAAAAAGAAGAGAACCUAACUGAAAGGAAGAGGGAGCAAAACAAGAAAAAGAGGAAGAAGAUGACUUCAGAAAUUACUUCAGAAGAAGAAGGUUCUACUAUACAGUGGAUAUCAUCGGUGGAAGCAAAGAUUGAAGAUAAAAAAGUUAAAAGAGAAAAUAAACUAACUUCAGGGAAGCUGGAGCAUAUCAGAAAAGAAAAGAUAAACUUCUUGCGGAAUAAACACAAAAUUCACAUCCAAGGAACUGAUCUUCCUGACCCAAUUGCUACAUUUCAGCAACUUGAACAGGAAUAUAAAAUCAAUUCUCGACUGCUUCAGAACAUUCUAGAUGCAGGCUUCCAGAUGCCUACGCCAAUCCAAAUGCAAGCCAUUCCAGUUAUGCUGCACGGUCGAGAACUUCUGGCUUCUGCUCCAACUGGAUCUGGAAAGACUUUGGCUUUUAGCAUUCCCAUUUUAAUGCACCUGAAACAACCCGCAAAUAAAGGCUUCAGGGCCCUGAUUAUAUCACCAACACGAGAACUUGCCAGCCAGAUUCACCGAGAGCUAGUAAAAAUAUCCGAGGGAACAGGAUUCAGGAUACACAUGAUCCACAAAGCAGCAGUUGCAGCCAAGAAAUUUGGACCAAAAUCAUCUAAGAAAUUUGAUAUUCUUGUGACUACUCCAAAUCGACUUAUCUACUUAUUAAAACAAGAUCCUCCAGGAAUAGACUUAACAAGUGUUGAAUGGCUGAUAGUAGAUGAAUCAGAUAAACUCUUUGAAGAUGGCAAAACUGGGUUCAGAGACCAGCUGGCUUCUAUUUUCCUGGCCUGCACAUCCCACAAGGUCAGAAGAGCUAUGUUCAGUGCAACUUUUGCGUAUGAUGUGGAGCAGUGGUGCAAACUCAAUCUUGACAAUGUCAUCACGGUGUCCAUUGGAGCAAGGAAUUCUGCAGUAGAGACUGUGGAACAAGAGCUUCUCUUUGUUGGGUCUGAGACUGGAAAACUUCUAGCCAUGAGAGAACUUAUUAAAAAGGGUUUCAAUCCACCUGUUCUUGUUUUUGUUCAGUCCAUUGAAAGGGCUAAAGAACUUUUUCAUGAGCUUAUAUAUGAAGGUAUUAAUGUGGAUGUUAUUCAUGCGGACAGAACACAGGAACAGAGAGAUAACACAGUCCACAGCUUCAGAGCAGGAAAGAUCUGGGUCCUUAUUUGUACAGCUUUGCUAGCCAGAGGGAUUGAUUUCAAAGGUGUCAACUUGGUGAUCAACUAUGACUUUCCAACAAGCUCAGUGGAAUAUAUCCACAGGAUAGGUCGAACCGGAAGAGCAGGGCAUAAAGGAAAAGCUGUUACAUUUUUCACUGAAGAUGAUAAACCAUUAUUAAGAAGCGUUGCCAAUGUCAUACAGCAGGCGGGAUGUCCUGUUCCAGAGUACAUAAAGGGCUUCCAGAAACUGCUCAGCAAACAAAAGAAAAAGAUGAUUAAGAAGCCUUUGCAAAGAGAAAGCAUUAGUACAACUCCAAAAUACUUCUUAGAAAAAGCUAAGGGUAAACGGUGCAUCUUAUGGUCCGAAAAUGCAGAUUUUCAAAUAUUUUGUGGCAGCAGUUUCUGGGUGACACUUAAGACUAGUGGAUUGGUAGAGACGGUCACUCUGCUUGGCUGACGAAAAAGGUCACUGGUCAGAACAGCAAGAAGGCUCUUGAAGAUAAAAGUUAAAAAAAAUUUAAAGACUAUCAAAAACAUAAUUUUGUGAUCUCAACAUGAAUGUUGUUUUCAUGGAAUACUUCAUCUGAAAAUCGCCUGCACCAGCAGUUGAAAUCAACUACAAGACCAUAGGACUGGUGAAAAAUAAUCAUAAACUUUCAGUGCAUGAUGUCAGCUUUCAAUUUGUACGUGACUUUUAAACAAUUACAUGAUGAAAAUAAUAUUCAUCAACACUUCUGUGGUUUGAAUCCAGAGAGAUGCUUCUUAUAGAAGAACGAAAGCUUAUGCUAAAAAUGGCAACACCCAAAUGUGGUGAAUUCUUAAGGAUUUUUCCCUUUAAGUGUGAAGGAAGGUGUGAUGUAUGUUAUGAAGAGGUAUCUGGAACCAAAUUUUCAAAAUAAAGCCUUGAGAUUGAA